AUGUCCGAAUCUAAGGGUAGGAAGCAAGCUACACUGGGGUAUGUUCGUGACUCCCAGAUGACUCUCGGAAGAUUUUUUGGCUCCAAUUCCGAUGCCAAGGAGGCGCCCAAGAAACAAACAACCCUUGCAUUUUCUGGAAACGAAUUCAAGGCCUCAAAAACCACCGCAAAAGCCACGACUACGGACGACGCUCCGGAUGUCAAUAAGAACGGUACUAAUGGAACUUAUGCUGACAAGGUCGACACGGCGGACUUCAGUGGCGCUAGUACAGUAAAAGGCCAGACGAAUUGGAAUCACGAGCCGAACAACCUCAAGCGAGAAACCUCCGGGGACAAUGAAGACAGUGAUGGAAGUGACAUACAGCCUAUUCCUAAAAGACGGCGGAAGAGCCCUCUAUUGCAGUCUCCGAAGGGAAAAUCUCCGUCCCCCAAGAGUCCGAAAGCAAAAAAAGAGGCCGAUGUAAAGAAAACCCCGUCCCCGCCCGCAGUGAAGACUGCGUCUGGGGAGCAAAAUCUAGAAGAAGAAUCCGAACAAGAGGCCUCAUCUGCUAGCGAAGAAGAUGAAAAGCCGGAGGCGAUGAAGGAAACCAUGGAAAAGGUCCAGGCCACAUUAAAAGCUAGUGGAAAUGAACCAUAUCCUGAUUGGAAACCUGGUGAUCCCGUUCCUUAUGCGGCACUAUGUACUACUUUUUCUCUUAUUGAGAUGACCUCCAAACGCUUGGUAAUUCUUGCUCAUUGUUCCUUGUUUCUCCGCCAAGUCCUACGCUUGACUCCGCAAGACCUCCUCCCGACGGUCCAGCUGAUGAUCAACAAACUCGCUGCGGAUUAUGCAGGCAUCGAGCUCGGGAUUGGCGAGUCCUUGAUCAUGAAGGCGAUUGGCGAGAGCACAGGCCGCAGUUUAGCUGUUAUCAAGGCCGACCAGCAUGAAAUUGGAGACCUAGGCUUGGUAGCCACGAAGAGUCGAUCAAACCAGCCUACUAUGUUCAAGCCGAAGCCUUUAACUGUCAGAGGGGUACAUGAAGGCUUACUUGGGAUUGCAAAAGUCCAGGGUCAUGGUUCCCAGGACAAGAAGAUAUCUGGUAUCAAAAAACUCCUUUCGGCGGCUGAUGCAGGAACAGGCGGAAAGGGUGGCAAAGGUGUUGAUAUCACCAAGAACAAGGGUGGUCCCAGCGAAGCUAAAUAUAUUGUCCGAUUUUUGGAAGGAAAAUUGAGGCUUGGUCUCGCUGAAAAGACAGUCCUUGUUGCACUCGCCCAGGCCGUUGUCAUGCAUGAAGCGGCUGUGAAGGGCGAGAAGACACCAUCCGCGGAGAAGAUGGCCGAGGGUGAAGCUAUUUUGAAGACGGUAUACAGCGAGUUACCUGCUUAUGAGAUAAUUAUCCCUGCUAUGCUCGAGCAAGGAUUGAUGAAUCUGGGCAAAGUCUGCAAGCUUCAGCCCAGUAUCCCCAUCAAACCCAUGCUCGCUAAACCAACGAAAUCCAUUACCGAAGUUCUCGACAGAUUCGAAGGAAAGGACUUUACGUGUGAAUAUAAGUAUGAUGGGGAGAGGGCACAGAUCCAUUACAUUGCGCCCGACUCUAUCCAUCAAUACCCUGCUGCAACAGCUACGCUACAAAAAGACAGCAAGGGGUUUUCGGCGAUAUUUUCCCGCAAUUCGGAAGAUCUGUCCAAAAAAUAUCCCGAUGUGCUCGCUAAGCUUGAUAGCUGGAUUAAGGACGGGGUGACAAGCUUCGUUCUAGAUUGUGAAACAGUCGCCUGGGACACGGAAAACAAAAAGGUUCUGCCUUUCCAGCAGCUCAUGACGCGCAAGAGGAAGGAUGUCAAAGCAGAAGAUGUCAAAGUCAAAGUGUGUGUGUUUGCAUUCGAUCUUCUAUUCCUGAAUGGAGAGAGUACUGUUAGGAGCACGUUCCGGCAACGGCGAGAACUUCUGCAUCAGUCGUUUCAACCAAUCGAGGGUGAAUUUCAAUUCGCUCAAUAUGGCAAUAGCAACGCGGUAGAUGAUAUCCAGAAUCUACUUGACGAGAGCGUCAAAGCAUCGUGUGAAGGGCUCAUGGUGAAAAUGCUGGAUACGGAGGAAAGCGGUUAUGAACCCAGCAAACGGAGUCGCAACUGGCUCAAGGUUAAAAAGGACUACCUCGCUGGUGUCGGUGACUCGCUUGAUCUUAUCGUCCUUGGAGCGUACUAUGGUCGUGGCAAGCGCACCUCUGUUUAUGGCGCGUUCCUCUUAGCGGCAUACAACUCAAGCAAGCAAACUUACGAAACGAUUUGCAAUAUUGGCACAGGCUUUUCCGAAGCGAUCCUCGAGGAAUUUCACCAAAAGCUCUCUCCACUCAUCAUUGACCGACCCAAGCCCUUUUAUUCACAUUCGACCGUGCCGAAGGAUCAGCCCGAUAUUUGGUUUGAGCCUCGACUCGUCUGGGAAGUUAAGACGGCCGACUUAACCCUCAGCCCGCGAUACCAGGCAGCGGCUGAUGAAUUCGUCGGAGUGACGGGGGGUAGUAAAGGCGUUUCUCUUCGUUUCCCACGAUUCAUUAAAUCCCGAGAUGAUAAGAAGCCUGAGCAGGCCACUACGACGCGAGCGGUAGCCGAGAUGUAUCGAAAGCAGGAAGCGGUCGUGAAAGAGAAUACCGGGAAGGGAGGCGUCGACGACGAUUUUGAGUAUUAG